GAACUUUGAACCAAAAGAACUGGGGAAAGAAAUACUCAGCCUGCAAUGGUGCCAAACAGUCUCCUAUUAAUAUAGAUGAAGAUCUCACCCAAGUAAAUGUGAAUCUGAAGAAACUUAAAUUCCAUGGAUGGGAAAAGGAAACUUUGGAAGAUACGUUCAUUCGCAACACAGGCAAAACAGGUAAAAAGUCAGAUUUCAUGUUUGGAGUGGAAAUUAACUUGACAAAUGAUUAUUAUGUAAGUGGAGGUGGCUUAGACACCGUAUUCAAAGCAAGCAAGAUCACUUUUCACUGGGGAAAAUGCAACGUGUCGUCAGAUGGGUCAGAACAUAGUUUAGAAGGACAAAAAUUUCCUCUUGAGAUGCAAAUUUACUGCUAUGAUGCAGAUCAGUUUACAAAUUUCGAAGAGGCAAUUAAAGGAAAUGGAAAGUUAAGAGCUUUAUCAAUUUUGUUUGAGAUUGGACUAGAAGAUAAUCCGGAUUAUAAUACAAUCAUUAAUGGAGUAGAUAGUGUUAGUCGUUUCGGAAAACAGGCUGCCUUAGAACCAUUUAUUUUGCUGAACCUUUUGCCGAAUGCAACAGACAAAUAUUACACUUACAAUGGGUCUUUAUCAACUCCUCCCUGCUCUGAAACGGUUGAAUGGAUUGUGUUUAAGGAUACCAUAAGUAUUUCUGAAGACCAGUUAGCUGUAUUCUGUGAAGUCCUUACAAUGCAGCAGUCUGGCUAUGUUAUGCUGAUGGACUACCUGCAAAACAACUUUCGAGAGCAACAAUAUAAAUUCUUUGGGCAAGUGUUUUCCUCUUACACUGGACAAGAAGAAAUUCAUGAAGCAG